AUGACAGCUUCCCUGGCAGGAAACGAAGACUACAAGGACUCACUAGAAGAUGUAGUACUUAGAGUCCACGAUUUCGACAACUCGGUCAAAUCGAUUCAUUGUCAAGAAAUAAUACCGGAAAAUCCAUAUAUAAAAGCAACGAAAGAAAUGUCAGCAAAAAUUGCAUGGACAUUUUCGAUUAUUGUGUCCUCGUAUGUUGUCGCGGCGUCGUUUUAUUUGCUGAUUCAUUAUUGGAGUAAAGUUCCGAUUGUCUCGAGAGUUUUUGUUGUAAUUUAUUUGGUGCUUGAUUUUUUGACACGGUCGAUUUUUACGGUGUUAGUGUUUGAAGAGGUGCUAGAUUGUGAUCUGGAUGAAUUGUUUAUUGCUAUUCCAGCAUUAAUUGCUACCGCUUUUGGAAAAGAAGAUUUCUUAUUUCACCUAGUGUCAGACAUUGAUGAAUUAAAUGCAGACGCAUUCGACGUUUACACAAUGCUUACCACGAUGCUACUGAUUCCUUUUCUGGCUUUGAUUCUUCGAGAUCCUGUGUGCAUCGAAGAUACUUUGUUACGGUGGUUAACUACUGGGUUGAUAGCUGGCGCUUGUUUUGUAGUAGCAAAACAGUUUAUGAUAUUCAAAUGA